CUCUAUCCUCGCUGUUUGUCUCACUCGCUUGUGCUCAUGGGAUUCUUCAAGAAAGCUUGGAAUAGUGCAAGAGACUUUUCGGAGGAUGUUGGCAAAAAAACCUGGGAAGGUAUAAAGAUCGGUGCUAACGAGACCAAAAACCUUUCAGAAGAUGUUGGCAAGAAAGCUUGGGAAGGUAUAAAGAUCGGUGCCAACGAGACCAAAAACCUUUCGGAAGGUGUUGGCAAAACCACCUGGGAAGGUUUGAAGACCGGUGCCAGUGAGGUCAAAAAAAUCAAAAACCUUUCGGAGGAUGUUUGGGAAGGUGCACAGAAAGUUGCCGAGCUGAUCCCAAUCGUGCCGAUCGAGAACAAAAUCCUCGAAAUGGAUCCGGUGGAUCCAGGGCCUCACGACGGCGCCGAAUCCCAGACCCGCCCAGCUUCAGUGGCUGCAUCCACUGAGUCGGAUGAAAGCCGAACUCCUGGCCGUCCUGGCCACGGGACUGACAGCAUUCGCAGCAAUGGCAGCAACGGCAGCAAUCGCAUCUUCACGGACCAAGGUGUGUGGCUCUUCAUCCCGCAUCAGUCCAUGGAUGGAGAAGCUUCCGAGACAAGCUCAGACCUGUCACGCCUGCGUCCUUCCAAUGCAGGGCCACAAUCGGAUUCUGCUUCAGUCUUCGACUUGAGCCACGAGUUCGACAUGGCCCAACGUAUGGCAGGACUGUCAGAGCAGGUGGCCAGCGAUUCAGCUUCAUCCACCGGGUAUUCUGUGGUGACAAGUGUGCCAUCAACUGAGGGGUCUUGGUUGGUCUCAAGAUGACAGAGUUUUGAUGUGAAAAUGAGACUUAGACGUGGGCUUGGCUUUGGGUUCUUGUGAGGCUUGGCUGUGAAUCAAGGGUGCGCACCCCCUACAUCGAGCCGAUUCGCGCGCUAUAACUCGAACAUAAUUGUCAAAUAUUGUCAAUAUAUUGUCAAUAUAUUGUGAUUCAGUAUGGCAAGCUGCUUUAUUUGAAGCUUUGCAGCCAAAUCCUGGAUAGCUUCUUUCAGAACCUCAGCCACGACUCAUUUUGUGACAACUCCACCGGGCGUUUGUUGAGUCUAGCUGAAGCCCAGGUGAUGCUUUAGGUACGAUGGUCUUGUGUAGAUUGUACAGAGAAAUUCAUGUGAGCAGCUCGAUGUAGCUCGUGUUUUUUGUGUGUUGGCGUGAAGUUUCUUGGGGUUGUCAAGUGGGUCGUCAACAAGGCCGCACUGGCGACACCCAGACUGUCGCAAGACUUUCGACCUGUGAGCAAAA